CUGCCUCUGUCUUGCAGCAAACUCCUCGCCCCACGUCCGGCCAUGUCUCGCCGACCACCGUCCAGCCAAACCGCCUCCGGCAUCGUCACCCGCGGACCCGAAAACGAGCGGGUGAUCCCGGCCUCCCGUCGUGCGGACGGCAGCAUCCGUCCCGAGCGCAAGAUCCGCCCAGGCUUCAUUCCACAGGAGGAUGUCAAGCGAUACACCAACCCUCGUGCAGAGGCCAUCAAGCUUCCGGCGGGCUAUGUCGUCGGCAUGGGACAGCAGCAGCAAGCCGACCAGGUCGAUGCCGAUAAGAAGGGAAAGAACGCCCGGCGGAACGAGAAGAAGCGACUCGAGAAGCAGCAACAACAAGAGCAGCAAGAGCAACGGCAGCAACGACAGAGCGACGAUGCCGACACCCAGGAGAACUCGGAGCCGGCCGAGACCCAGCCAGCGCAACCUGCUGUGGCCGAGAGCCAGGCACAGACUACCGAUUUCGAGAAGCGAUCCAAGGCCAUCAAGAAGAAGCUGCGACAGAUCGAGGAGCUGGAGCAGAAGGCAACCAACGGCGCCGAGCUUGACAACGACCAGAAGGAAAAGAUCUCCAAGAAGAGUGAGCUCGAGUCGGAACUGGCCGAUAUCCAGGAGCGGCUGCAGGCCAUCAGCCUGUAGCUCGAUGUGCUCUGCGAGCCUGUGUAUCAACACGCAUACGCACGCCCGUUCAUCCACA